UUUUAUUAAAGUUUGAUUAUAUUUUCUUUUAAAUAUUUAAAAAUAUGUUUUCAAGAGAUCGGUUUUAUAAUGAUGAUUAUGGAUUCGACGGAUGGUCAUUUCCAGAUUUUCAGGCAAAUCAACCUUUUAAAGGGUAUUAUCGAUGUUAUAGUAUUUCAAUGAUGGAGGGAAAUGAAAGGGACUCGGUUAAUUUUGGUGGGAAAGUGAUACUUCCCCCAAGUGCUUUAAAUAAGCUUUCACGUUUAAAUAUUUCUUAUCCUAUGUUUUUUGAGUUAAAAAAUCCAGAAAAAGAAAGGAUUACACAUGCAGGAGUAUUAGAAUUUAUUGCAGAAGAAGGGAGAGUUUAUUUACCUUUAUGGAUGAUGCAGUCACUUUUGCUUGAACAGGGAGAUUUGUUAUCGGUUAUUAGUACAAAACUUCCACAAGGAUCAUAUGUAAAAAUCCGACCUCAACAUCCAGAUUUUCUUCAAAUUACAGAUCCUAAGGCUGUAUUAGAAAAUGCUCUAAGAAAUUUUUCUGCCUUGACUAAAGAAGAUAUAUUUCAAAUUAAUUAUAAUGAGCAAAUAUAUGAAAUAGAAGUAUUAGAUAUUAAGCCAAAUGAUGGUAGAGGAAGUAUUUCUGUUCUUGAAACAGAUUUAGAAGUAGAUUUUGCACCUCCUCUUGGUUAUUCUGAGCCUGAGCCUUUAAAAAGAUCAGAUGUCUAUAAUCAUACGCAAGUUAUGGGAAAUAUUGAAAAAAAUAUAAGACUCCAGGAAGCGCUGGCUUCUAAUGCUUCAAAAAUGAAGCGAAAUGGCGCUUUUUUGUCUGCAGGACAUAAGUUAAAUGGAGCACCUGUUGAAAAUUAUCAAGAAUCUAUGGCGACUGAUAUUAAAACAUUGGAGAGUAAAGAUAAUGAUUCACCGCCUGCUCCUCUAAGAGUUCCUUUUGGAACCCUUUUUUUUGGUUAUGAAAUAAAACCUAUAGAAAACACAAAUGAAGAUGACAAAUCUAAAAAGGCUUUUUUUGGUGAAGGACAAACAUUAAAAAAUAAAAAAAAAAAAUAAAAGUAUCUUAAUAAAUAUAUUUAUAUGUUUUUCAUUAAUAUUUAUG